ACGAGACGGUCGUAGCAAAACGCUUGCUGCUACUUUUUAUUGACUUAAACGUGAUUCGAACGUGCAGUGCGAGUAAGCGUGAACGGGGCUUUAAGGCAGCAACGGAAAACGGAAGGUACAAAUACGCACACAUAAGUGUAUACGAGUUUAUGUAUAUGUGUGUAUGGCUGUGUGUUUGGCUGUAGCUUUCGAAAAUCAGUGAAUACGUCAGACACGAAACGCGUUUGUCGUAAGACGGACACGUGCGUUGCAUGCAACCUAAAGCUGCUACGGCUUAAAGCAGGAAUUGAAAAUAUUGAUGCGGCAAUAAGAUAAGCAAAACGCGAAAUAGACCUGUGAAAAUAGUAAAGAACCAAAGAAAACAAACCAAGCAGACUACGCAAAAUUAAUGCUAAAGAGGAAGAGCCGUAAAUGGAGAGAAAAAUCAGUAGAGUUAAUUGAAUUUAAAUACACCUGCAGGUGUAUAACGAAGGAAAAACGGUUAUUGAACGUUCCGCAUGGUUAUCUGCUAAUACAUACAUACACACAUAUCGGUGCGAAGCUGUGUGCGCGUUCUCGUAUUUUCAUGAACUUUUCUUCUGUGAAUUGUUAAAAACAAAAAAAAAAGAAACAAGAAAGAAAAAUUAAGCGAUUAUAACUUUUGGAUGAAUAACAUAAAAUUUACGAGAAAAAUUUCUUUACGUUUGAAUUACAAAAAGCAAAAAGAAAAAAAAUUAAAAAAAAAAUUUAUUUUGUAGGUAACUUCGCAUAAGGAAGUAUUUGUAGAAAGUGAAAUCCAACGUUUAUUUCUUGUGUCAACAACAACUAUAACAACGCCACAUAAACUGAGCGCCAACCAAAACAGGCUGCAAUAAAUAUUUUUAUUGGUAUUUGGAUUUGCAGCAAAAAGCUAUAAAAAUUUUACUACGCAGCACAACCAGUUGCUGGUUUCACUCAAUCAUGUCUAAUCAUCGUCUAUGGCUGGUGCUACUCGUAGCGCUGGUCAUAAUUGUUGGCCACAUCGAAGCGGCACCGGAAAUUGCUUCAGCCGAUUUACCAGUGGAGGCGAGAGGUGGUGGCGGUGACUCAGCUGAAGAUGAUGCAGUCAUUUCCACCAGCUACGUAUUGCCCAAUCAGAUCUUUAACGAUGGCAAGCCGUACUAUGCGAGCAAAGAUCCCAUUUCGGGUCAACUGGAUUUUAGCGCUAAGAAGCCGGCAGGUAUUGAGACCGCUGUCAAUGAGGUGAUAGACCCCAAGGAGAAGAUAGUGCUUAGCAGCAAUGGGCCGAACAUACACGAUUACCUCAAUCUGCCCGUGAAGUACUCUUCCUCCAAGUUCGUCUAUCCUCUAGUUUCCAGCUCUUAUGCAAAUCUGAAGUAUCAGGGUAGCAAUAAGAAUUACAUAACGAAUAAGAAACCAACGUCAGUGGUGGCUUCACCAGUUACGCCGGCACCUAGUCAAAAUUAUUAUACCAUACCCACAACCAAAUUAAUGGCGGUGCCACCCACAGCACCUGGCUUGCAUAGUAGUAAUGUGCCUUCCACGAAUCCAACUUCCACGACUACAACUACCACAACCACAUCGAAGAAGCCCACUACCAACUCAUCGACGCCGAGCAGCACAUCUGCUUUACCCUCAAACCCAACCAAAACCACGACAACCUCCACCACAACUACUUUUGCACCCAGUUCACCCAAGUAUACCACCUCGACACGUAAGCCCUCACCAACUCCAACUGCGUCUAGAAUUCCUCUGGUGACCGAGAGUAGCACACGCAAAAAGUUUAUACCCACCAAAAAGUAUACCACAUCAACGUCGACUACGAGUGCCACAGCUGCUACGCCUAUGCGCUUCCCCGAGCAGGCGCCUGUGAACACCACCUUGGCACCAAACCCCACGACCGCCGGUUCUAUCACAUACACUACGCGCCCACCCACAGGUCCUUCUUCCGCCUCUACACUCUUUGUGCCAAGCACUAAGCAGCCCGUUCUCUUCACUGAAGACCCCAAUGGACAGUUGACUUCAGUUCUGCCCACACCGAUCAGCACACGCGUGCCAGACCUCAACAUCGCCGACGUCUAUCAGACACUUGGUCAAAAACAUAAUGUGGAGAAGACGGAACAGAAACCAGCAAUGUCGCUGGCCGAUAUAUUUAACAGCCUCGCCGAGGAAGAAUCAGCGGUAGCUUCACAAAAUCAAGGCAAUCCCGGUUUCGACUCGCAAGGCAACUACAUGCAACCGAUUUCGUUGUCAAAACCAGCGCCAUUCGCAAUGCAACAGCAGCGGCCACCACAGCUCGCUACACAUCCAACACAUCCAGCAUAUGGCUCUACGCCACUUCCUGGCAGCAGCAGUGACCAAAAAGUAAUAUCCGGCAGCCAGGAGAACUACAGCGGCGAGUAUGUGUCAUAUCAGGUGCAGCAACCGAAUGUCAUGCAAUACCGCCCAGUGCCAGGUGCCAUCAAUAAUGUCGUCAUCUCACCCGGUCAACAUUCCGCUUCGUUUGUGUUGGGCAGUCAGCAACAAGUGGGCACAGCUGCCUUUGGUUCGGUAGAGAAGGAGCCAUUGUUCUCCAAAGAACCACCAGUGCAAUACGGCACGGUGAUCAGUGAGGACAUUAGCGCACUACAACGUCCAGGUCAAGUGGCUCCCGCACAGAGCGGCACAUUCCCACCCACGCAGGGUGUCUCAAAUUUCCAUCAAAAUGGUAACUUCGGCGCCAGUGCUGCUGGCCCUACACCACCCUAUAUACAACGCCCAUUGGGCACCAACGCACCCGGCACCAACUAUGCAGAAGAGCCACCAGCAGCACCAUCACCAUAUCAGCAAUUGCCACUCAUCGGCUCAAAUAUACGUCAACGCAAACCGCCCAAGCCACUUGCAUUACCACAAACCGCACCGCAGAGCUACCAACCGACUGGACCAACACAAACACCAGUGGGCCAACUGCCAAUAUCUACAGAAAACAGCAGCGCACAAGAUACCAAAGAAUUGCUCGUCUCCACCAACAUACGCUUCCCCUCAAACGAAGAGCAGUCCGCCGAAGAGCACUCGGUACCAGUGGGUGCCAGCCCACCAGCUGCUCCACAAGUCAACGGCCACGCACAACCUUUGAGUCUUCAACAACUACAGAAUGCCAAUAAUGUUGUAUUCCCGAAGGGUGGUGAAGAGAGUGUCAGCAAUGUUGGUAGCAACGACAUACAGAUUCAAAAGCAUGAGGUGCUCACUAUGAACCAGCAUAAACAGAAAUUGAGUUUCCCACCAUCUCAGCCAGAUCAGAAUACACCGUCGCUACAUAUGAAGCCGCCACCACGCUUCCCGCCGACACUUUCCAAUGCUAUACCGGAGCACAGCGAGAUUCACAAGCGUCCACAACCACCGAGCCGGCCGCUCGGUCCUUCCUCUUCGUUUUCAUAUAACGAAUACACACGCAAGCCGAUACCUGGCAUCGCACGUCCCAACCCAGAGCGACACCUACCCAACAUAUUACCACAAUUCCGCCCCAAUGCCAAGAUUUCUUCUGGUCACACACCCACACAAAAUUUCAACCAAGAACCAGGCAAUAUACGUAUUCCUGGACAAUCAUUAAAGCGGCCAAACAGCUCGCCUCAGUUCGCCCAUCGUCGCCAACCGCUUUUACAACAACAACAACAUCGCUAUCCACUCAACCGUGCCGCUGACUUUGGACCCGGAGCACCACUCUCAUCUGAUGCCAAUCGGCGCGUUUAUCGUUUGCCUCCUUACGGCGGUCAGGGCGUCCAGUACCUCGACCGUAUGUACCCACGUCGCCCACACCCUUCAACGCAACGUGUGACAGAUAACUAUGAAAGGCAUGCAGCCGCUUCAAACUCUGAAGUCUACAAGACAAUUAUGGCGCCUGAACGUUUGGCUGCCUUUGAAGAGGAAGAUUUGGUAAUCAACGAUCCACCUCAACCAGUUUCGCCUGGUCAUGAAGAACAGAGCGCUGAAAAAACAAAACUCGAACCGGUAGUAACAUUACAAAUGUUGCAAUCGCAGAAGAAACCGUUAUCCCUGCCCAACGAUGACACUGGCUCGGGUGAAAUUCAAGUGACUGCUGCUUCAGAGCAAACUAGCCCACAAAUCGAGAGCGCUGCAACGCAAAAUGGACUUUAUUUGGUGUAUCCAUCAAGCGGCGAUAAAUCGAAUGCACAGGAAGUAGGUGACCUCAAAGAGCAGCUACCAGCCAUUGCGCAUGUGGAAGCACCCUCGGGUAGCGACUACCAAAACACACCGUUUUCGGUGGUGCGAGAUCAGCCACAAGAACCUAUACUAAAAAACAAGAAGCCACAAUCCCUGCAACAGCAAACAAAAGCGCAAAUGACGAAAGACAAAUUCCCGUAUCCCAUUGAAAACCCCGAUUUAAGCUAUACAGAACUUAGUACGCUGGCACAUAGUGCUGUGAUCGGACCACGCAUUAUUAGUGGCACUUAUGGCAUGGGCUCGCCCGACACACCAAUCGCCAUAGCAUAUAGCCCCACUGAACCCAGUCCAUACAGGCGUGCUGGAGUCAACAACGCGCAACGCUUCUCGAAUGUCAAUCUCGCCUCAUCCGUCAUCAGCGAGAUACGCCCGGACACACAAACCGAAGAGGGACUUAGCAAUGACUUUGAUGUGCGCGGACAGAAUUUAGAAAAGAAUUUCAUGGCACCAUUCUAUCCGAGCGUAAGUCUUGGCACGGCUACCAAUGCGCCAUCGAAUGGUUGGAAUAUUUUGCCCUCGACUACAGACAAGGCAAUUUACGAAAAAAAUAAUAUCAAUCGCGCCGAUGUGGAAGAGUCUGCCAACGCCGCCGCCGAUUUGACUGAAGCGACAACACCGAAAAAUCUGGAAAUUGAUAUGUUCCAGCCAGAGUUGCAAGGGGGAUUCAAACCCAUCUAUCCACCUGGUUAUACACUGGAAGACGAAGAGCAUGAGACUAAAGAGAUAUUCGCUAAUGAAAAUGAUAAACCAUUAGCACUGGCUAGCUACAUGCGUCCAGAGGGUAGUCAGGAACACGCUGUCGCGCAGGCUAGUGCAACCACCAGCACCACGACAACCACUUCAACAACAACCAGCACUACACCCAAGCCCAAGUCAGACAGCACUGUUAAGCCCCAAAUUACGAUACCAACUAACAUUGCCACAAACAGCACCAGCACCAGCGCCAACGCUGCGCCAAAUUCCAAAUCCUCCACAAACACGGAUACCACCAAAGCGCCUGCUGCCACACCCACGCCUACAAAGAAGAAAUCUUCUUUCGAGACAAGCUUGGCCGCAUUGCUUUUCGGUGAUGAUGAGGAGUUCGAGAACGAUAGCGAGGCAAGAAAGCAGCAACCAAUACAAGCGACUGUGGAAACCAAAGCAAUUAGUGCAGCUGGACCGCGUGAGGGUGCGCCACGCAUGGGACCACGGAGCCUGAAGCUCAGAUAGAUCGUAAAGAAAAUGGAAGAAACAAAGCAGCGAUCAAAUUCACAUAACCUUCGAAAGAGUAGGCAAAUUUAGUUCUCAUCCCUGUGGAAAGUGGAGAAAAGCAGUAAAAGUACGAAAAUAAAACUUAGUAUAGUAUUUUCCUUAUUUAUUUACUCCAAUUGGAGUGACGUGGAUAUCUAGUUUAGUUUAUUGCUUCUUGUAAUAAUUGGAUUGAGCAAAUCUUAUUUGAAUUCAGUGGUUUAAUUAAGAGUUUCAAAUUCACUUUAACAGAGAUUUUCGCAUACAAAUAACUCUUACAACCAUACAUACACGCAUAUCACCCACUUGCAAAACUACAUACACAUACAUUCAAACAUAAACGCUCAAUUAGUGGGUCAGACAAUAGCAUUUAGAAGGGCUUUUGCGAGUCUGAUUCGAAAAUCAUAGCGAGCAGAGAUUAUAGUCUGCUAACAGAGCUUACACACAUACAUACAUACGAAACUUGUGCGCUGAUGCGCAUGUAUUUCAUCCGCGUAUGUGUGAGUGAUUGUUUCUUAUUAGACUCCCGAAUCGUCGAGGCAGCAACUACUUUACAUUUAUAUAUUUUUUUUCUAGUUCAGAAAAAUCGAGAAUUAAAAACUUAAAUUACCAUAAAGAAUACUAAUUAAUUAAUAUUUAAACGAAGUAAUGCUCAAUGACAUUUAAAGUAAUUAUUAAGUACUAUUAAUGAAAUAGCGAAAUGAGUUAAUUAA